AUGUUGGCCUGUCUCCAGAGAACCCAGAACCCGCCAGCCCAGCACCUCGCAUGUCCAAACAAGACCCUGGAGCCGCGGAAGUGUGAAACGGCGGCCUCCAUGCAUUCCCCACGCUACCCCAGCCCAGCCGAACUGGACGCCUAUGCACAGAAAGUCGCCAACAACCCCCUAACCAUCAAGAUCUUUCCCACCAACAUCAGGGUCCCCCAGCACAAGCACCUUAACCGGACGGUCAAUGGGUACGACACGACAGGGCAGCGCUACAGCCCCUACCCCGUGCAUUCCAGCGGCUACCAGGGCCUCCUGGCCAUCGUAAAGGCCUCGAGCAAAAGCAUCGUGAAGAACUCAGAGGGCAAGCGGACUAAGAUGUCUCCAGCGCAGGUGGCCAUUGCCCCCUACCCAGUGUCAAGCACUUUAGCGCCAGGCCCCUCGUGCGCCGGGCACUUGAAUUAUCACAGUACUCAGAAGCAGCUCGAGGCGCCGGUCCCCCCAAACGUGACCGUAGCUACGUCCGUGAUCCCGCUCGCAGGCCGGAACCUGGCCCUGCAGCAGUCCAACUUGCCCUCUAUCCAGAGCAUCAUCUACCAGAUCAAUCAGCAGUGCCAGGCCCAGGGCUCCCAGCAGGCCUGCCAAGGGGUGGUGGUGACCGACCCCAGCCCAGCUAAGCACGGCGCGGCCAGUGGCUUUGCUAGCAUGGCGACGGCGGGUGCUGCCGUGGCCUAUGCCGGUGCCGUCCUGCCCGACUGCCGCAAAGGGGCUGAACUCGCCAUAAGCUCCAACCCGGCCAUGACCGUCGGCCCCAAGGCCGGCAUCUACCCGGACAGCAUGGAUUACCUUAUCUGGCAGCAGAAACAGCAGCAGCUCCGAAUGUACAGUGGGGGCAGCGGAGGGGGGGGUGCCGUCAGCAAGUCCCCAGAGACGUGUGCGGGGGUCUCGCGCCCCUACACCCUGACGGGCGCAGUGGAGAAGGUGAGCUCCUCCCCUUUGAACUGCGUGGCCAUGCACGGCAACUUCUCGGUGGGCCAGUAUUUUGCCCCCCCUUGGAACAGCAUCUUGGUCACCCCCAACAGCGACUGUUACAACCCCCAGGAGCUCGCCAACGGGCACCGCGAGCUCGGCGUGCCCCCCUCCGACGGCCUGUCCAGCAAAACGCUCUGCAAUACCUCCAUCCUCAGCAGCAGCCUCCAGUCGCUGGAGUAUCUCAUCAAUGACAUCCACCCGCCAUGCAUCAAAGAGCAGAUGUUGGGCAAGGGCUACGAGACAGUGUCUGUGCCAAGACUCUUGGACCAUCAACACGCCCACAUUCGCCUGCCCGUCUACAGAUAA